CACCAACGUCGCCCCGUCGCAACUCGCACUGGUUAGGGCAUGGACACUGUUGUGUUCGUUUCCACUGUCCAGGUCCAGGUCCAGGUCCAUGUCCAUGUCCAUGCCAGCCAGCAGGCAUCGUGGCAUGCAAGGGGGAAAGGGCCAAGAUGAUACUACCCCACCCGGCAGGCUCUUCCUAGUUCUUGUUCUUCCUCCCAGUCAAGAGUGUCAUCCCCAACAGGGCACUGGCACUUCCACCUGUACUAUAUGGAUGUGGCGGGCGACGGGGACUAAAUUAAAUAUGUAAUAAACUCACUCGGACGGCCCUCUGAUUCGCCUGCACCAGAGGGGAUCUUCUUGGACCCAAGCCUCUAGUC